UACUUAAUUAAAUAAUUACUAAGUGUUAGUUGUGGGACAGGGUUGGAAAGUUGUUUUUUUUUUAAUUUUUUCUACGUGUUAUCGACAAGAAUUUGCUGUUUUUCCUUGAUUAUUUUGGUUAAUUAUUCGCGAUAGUAAUUGUAGUAAAUGCAAAAAGCUUGUUUUUAGCAUUUUGGGGCUAUUUGGUCUCAUUUGAAGUGGUUCACUGUAAUUUUUUUCUGGCUAGGAGGAAGCAAGGUUAUGUGAUUGACAGUUGACAGUUCUAGUUGCAACAUUCAGGCCCAGUUUUUGGUUAAAAAUGCCUUCGGACGCGGCCCCCGGGUCGCAGCGGCUGACCAACGACGACUUCCGCAAGUUGUUGAUGACCCCGCGGUCGGCGCCCGCGAACGCGCCCGCCCCCGGCUCCAUCCGGGAGGCGAUGGCCAACUCGUCGACGAUGCCGCCCCCCAAAGACGACAAGAACGAGGCGCGACGCAAGAAGAAGAGCUACUACGCCAAGUUGAAGAAGCAGGAGGACAAUAAGAUGGCAGAACUGGCGGAGAAGUACCGAGACAGGGCCAGUGAGCGCCGCCAGGGGGUGAACCCCGACUACCAGAGCGACGACCCGGUGGCCACGGCUCAGGCCUAUCGUGCCGUGGCGCCUGAUCUGAAGUCGGGGUUCGAUGCGGCCGAGAGGCGCCGACAGAUGAUUCAAGAGAGCAAGUUCUUGGGGGGCGAUAUGGAGCAUACGCAUUUGGUGAAGGGGCUGGAUUAUGCCCUGUUGCAGAAGGUGAGGAGCGAGAUACAGCACAUCGAGCAGGAGCAGGAGCAGGAGUUGGAGAGGCUGGCGGCCAAGACGGAGGAGAAGGAGAAGAAGGAGGUGCAGAAGAAGGAUGAGGAUGAGCUUAAGUUUAAGACGAAGAUUGGGAAGUCGAUUUACCACACGAUUUGUGCGCUGAAGAGUCGGCAUAUUGAACGGUCGGAGAUUUUUGUGCCCGGACGCAUGGCCUAUGUGAUUGAUUUGGACGAUGAGGCUGAAUCAGACAUUCCAACAACUUUAAUCCGUUCAAUCGCCGACGUUCCGUCAUUUGAACUCACCACAACCCUCACAACCAACGACAUUGUCAUAAAUAAAUUAACCCAAAUUUUAAGUUACUUGCGCCAAGGCAACCGAAAGAACAAAAAAACCAAACGGGGACUCCCCGAAAGUCGCGAAAACGAACAACCGGAAGAACCCGAACCGAAAAAAACAACAAAACGUACAACCGGUGAUGACUCCAUCUAUGGAGAUAUUGGUGAUUACGUACCCACAAGAAGUGGUAAACAUGGAAACUCGUCACGUGACCAUAACAAACACACGUACUUUGAUAAACAAGAGGAAGCGCUUGAAAAUAGCGGACCGACUUUCAAAGUCAGUAAAUCGGCACAAAUCCUUAAUAAACUGGCUCAAGAGCCUGAGGGAUAUGCUGAGUGUUAUCCCGGAUUGGAGGAAAUGAACGAUGCGAUUGAUGAUUCUGAUGAUGAGGUUGAUUAUUCUAAGAUGGACUUGGGGAAUAAAAAGGGGCCGAUUGGACGCUGGGACUUUGACACAGCUGAGGAGUAUUCCGAUUAUAUGAACCAGAAGGAGGCUUUGCCGAAAGCAGCCUUCCAGUACGGCCUUAAAAUGGCAGAUGGGCGCAGGUCCAGGAAGCAUAAGGAUAAGAACGAAAAGGCGCAUUUGGACAGGGAGUGGCAAAAAAUCCAAAGCAUUAUCAAGAAGAAAUAAUUUUGUUGUGUAUUUAGGAGAUAAAUAAGUUAAUUUAAAUAAAAAAUAUAUAUUGGAAAUUUGAUUUUCUACAACUUUGUUCCUUACUUUUUUGUCUUACUAUCGAGAGUUUAAUGCUCUAUGUGCCUGUAUUUUUUCUUUGCUAUCUGCUAAUGGAACAAGUGCGCUCUCUGGUGACAAUAAAGGAACUACCGAAAACGCGAGCGUUUCAUUUGUACGUCUUUGGUAUCUUAACCGUAGAAUCCUUACUUUUGACACAACUUGAACCUAAAUACCACCACCUAACCCUGGCUCUCGACUUAAGGGCCCUUUCGUGCCCAAAAACAAAUUAAUUUGCCCUUUUUUUACGAUAUUACCAUAACACUACCAAUCACAAGACAAAAAAGUCCCGAUUUUGACAGUUGGCACAAGUUUUUGGCCAUUUUGUGGUUACAAUCGUGUCGGAAAAUCUGUUAAGUGAAAAAAAGGCUUUAAACACGUAA